AUUGAUAAUUGCCAUUGUGUUGACCUGAUUAAAGAAUACGAGGAUUCUCACAAGAAUGACAAAGUGCAAGUUAUCUCAACUAAACCUCAACGAAAGGAGACUCGUGGAAGGAAGCGCAAAUUUCGCAAAAGCAUGACUAAUGUCAUCGCUAAAAAACAAAAUGUUGACCACACUUCCAGACAAAUACCUUUCGUUGAAAAAGAAAAUUAUUUCUUAAACGGAAAAGGUAUGGUAGUGGACACAAUUUUGGGAUUUAGCAGAUUACCUGACAAUGGGAAGACGAUGGCUUUGGUUUGUUAUUUGGAUGGACAAAUCGAGUAUAUCCCUGUUGAUUUAUUGCGUAAAAAUGAAAGUGGAAAGGAGCGUCUUGUUGAUUUUCUUUUACAACGUGUUCAAUUUAUUGAUCUUCCCUGA